CCCAUCAGUCAAAAAAAAAAAAAAAAUUAUCAUAGUAUUAACACAAUGCCAUCUUCGAGCCCUCGCAGCGUCGAAGAGAUCUUCAAAGACUACAGCGCUCGUCGCUCUGGCAUCGUUCGCGCCCUUACCAACGAUGUGGAUGAAUUCUAUGCGCUUUGCGAUCCAGAGAAGGAGAAUUUGUGCUUGUAUGGACACCCGGAUGAGUCGUGGGAGGUGAAUCUGCCGGCGGAGGAAGUGCCGCCGGAGCUUCCGGAGCCUGCUUUGGGGAUUAAUUUUGCGAGAGAUGGGAUGAACCGCCAAGAUUGGCUGUCUUUGAUUGCAGUGCAUAGUGAUUCUUGGUUGUUGUCUGUGUCUUUCUACUUUGGUGCUCGCCUUAAUCGGAAUGAGAGGAAGCGUCUGUUUAGCUUGACAAAUGAUCUGCCAACAGUCUUUGAAGUCGUAACUGGAAGGAAGCCCGCUAGAGACAAACCCAGUGCAGAUAGUGGAAGCAAAUCCAGGAACAAUGCAAAGAGAUCAACUGAUGGACCUAUGAGGACCAAUAGUACGUUGCUCGAUGAAAAUUACGUGGAGGAUGAAGAUGAGCAUAGUGAAACUCUAUGUGGAAGCUGUGGGGGAAAUUACAGUGCUAAUGAGUUUUGGAUUGGCUGUGACAUCUGCGAGAGAUGGUACCAUGGGAAGUGUGUGAAGAUAACACCAUCCAAGGCCGAGUACAUCCAGCAGUACAAAUGCCCUUCUUGCUCAAAGAAGGGAAGGCAGUGAUGACUGAUAUCCAACAUGAAUUAGUGAUCUAAAUCUAGGUUUUAUUUAUUUUAUUGCAUCUUGGGAUCCUUUUUAAAUCAUCAACCUGUCAUAUUCUAUGACUGUGAUAGGCUGGUAGGUACUCUCUUAGUCUCAGAAGUUUAAACUACGGUUUUUCACCCCUGCUGUUUGCGUUCCUCUUUGUUCAUUGUAUAGAAACGAUUUUGUUUCAUUCAAGUUUCCUUGAUAUAUUUCUGUUUUGCA